CACUAAACCUGCCUCUCUCGCUCGCUGCGUAUUUGAAGUGACUGCUCUGUCAAAAUCAAAGGCAUGAAGCACACCCAAAAGUGGAAACCUAGUGAUUUUGUUCUCUCGCUUUGUUAUUUGCUACAAUGAAAAUCGCGUUCAUUCAUCCCGAUCUCGGCAUUGGUGGAGCCGAACGACUGGUCGUCGAUGCUGCUGUAGGACUUCAAUCGAAAGGCCACGACGUUGUGUUUUAUACGAGUCAUCACGAUCCCAAACAUUGCUUUGAGGAAACACGCGACGGCACGCUUAGAGUCAACGUACGUGGUGAUUGGUUGCCUCGCACAAUCUUUGGUCGGUUUUAUAUCCUAUGCGCAAUUCUUCGACAGAUUGUGCUUUCGCUUUCAUUGAUAUACCAAGACGAUGAAAAGUACGAUGUCCUAUUCAUUGAUCAAUUAAGCGCAUGCAUUCCCUUAUUUAAAUCAUUGAGCUCCGCGCGGGUGCUCUUUUAUUGCCAUCACCCGGACAAACUGUUAACUACUCGCAAAUCACCUCUGAAGAAACUAUAUCGUUUACCGGUUGAUAGACUUGAAGAAUGGACUACAGAUUCGAUUGUUGUUAAUAGUGGAUAUACUGGCACUGUCUUUAAAGAGUCAUUUCGAUCCAUCCAACAAACACCUCAAAUCCUUUAUCCACCCAUCAAUUUCAGUGGCUAUGAUCGGUCCGUUGAUCUAAAUGAUGAAUCAGUAAAAAUUCUGCAAUGUCCUCAAAAGAUGUUAAUCUCCAUUAACCGGUUUGAGCGAAAGAAAAACGUGGAGCUGGCUCUUCGCGCAUUUGCCUCGUUGAAAGACAUGGUAUCUACUGAAAUGCUUGCUAAAUACCGUCUAGUACUUGCUGGCGGAUAUGAUCGACGCGUUCAAGAGAACGUAGAAUAUUUAAAAGAACUAGACCAACUGGCCCAAGAAGUCUUUAAUUUAAAGACGUUUACGAUAUACCCUUCAUCAUUGGAAAAACCACCAGCAGAUGUCCAAGUAGUAUUCCUUUGUUCAUUCAACGAUGCGCAACGUACGUUUUUGCUAAGCGAGGCGAAUCUGAUGCUGUACACGCCAUCAAACGAACAUUUUGGUAUUGUGCCGGUUGAAGGCAUGUAUGGCUCUGUUCCUGUGAUUGCUGUUAACUCAGGCGGACCUGUGGAAACUAUCAAGGACAAGGAGACGGGUCUGUUACUGCCUUCAGAUCCUGUGGCCUGGGGUAACGGCAUCAAGGACAUUAUCACGGGCAAGUACGAUCGGACACAGAUGGGUCGGCAAGGGCGUGAACAUGUCCAACAAAAAUUCUCCCUGGAGGCUUUUGCAGACCAGCUGCAGGGCAUUAUCAAUGAUCUCAUGGAUCAACCUUUCAAAAAGUCAAAGUGUGUACAGUACUUUUUAAUAGCUAGUAUCAGCAUUGCUGCAGUCCUACUAGGAGCAUUGUAUCCAAGUUUAUAAUGUAAUAAUAAUAACAAUAAUAGUACUGCGUGGUCACACCACCACCACCACUUUUUUUGUUCUUUACCUCUCCCUA